AUGGUUCCAUUCUCUACGGAAACUGGACUCAAGGUCUGUGUGGGGGUGUUUGUUAUAAGCUCCUUCUUUCUGACUACGUCCUACAACUCCACUUUCGCCUUCGACCGUCCGGCCAGUACUGCCGUACUGGCGUGCUUCAUAACCGGUGCAGUCUUUCUUGCAUUAGGCCGUUUCCUCCCGGCGACGCCUCGGAUAUCUUCCACUGGUAAGCGGUUCGGCUUUCCGCUUGCUGAGCAGUUCGAACUCUCGUCGCGCAGCUCGAUAUCUUCUCCAUCGAGCCCCAUCCUAGGAGGUCCAGAGGAACCUGCGCCGUCCCAAUAUCGGUAUUGGUGCAACCUUGGCCUGCUAGUAGCCACAUGCUCUCUGAGGAUUGAGACAUUCCGCCAAGUCUCUCUUAAUACCGAAUGCGCUCCAGCAGGAUAUUCUUACACCGUUCCCUUCUUAAUAUCUUUAUACGACUACUGGCGACAUCAACGAACACGGUCGAAAAAUGAAUAUGCUUCGCCUCAGCCCUCGCCUCAGCCCUCGAAGAGCCGACCCAUCCAAGCCGUCCAUUCCACUUUCAGAUGCGGUUUCUAUUAUCUGACACAGAGCAGAUAUAGAGGAGUUCUGGCUGCAACGUUCCUUUCUUUGAGUGGCCAUUCCGCCGCGUCCUUUUACGCUGGCGGUCAAUCCACCUACGUUUGCCCCAUAAUUCUUCACGGCGCAGUGCGAUUACGGGCCUUCAGACUCCUCAAUGUUUUCUUGGACUCUCUUUCCAUCAUCGGGGUUGCUGAGCUAUGCCGAACUAACCAUUCUCUUGAGGGCAAUAGACGAAAAAGAGCCAUUCUCUCCUUAGGAGCAGGUCUUGUCGGUGUUUCUCUGCUUUGGGCCAUUUUAGGCUCUUUUGUUGAAAACAGCCGUCCCGAGUUUACUGGUCAGUCUUUGCUGGAUCCGAGAUACACACGAAGCGCUCUGAGCCAAGCGACGCUGGUAAUGCUUUUGGCUGUGUCGGCCUGGCAAUUGUUACCCCAAUUUGGGAUCUUAGGAUUGUCAAUCCUAGGAGGCUUCGUUUUCAUUUACUUCUCGGCUACUUCAGUUCUAUUGAUGGAACAAAUGCCUCUCCCUUACAUCUCUACGGCUCAUACUGUAUUGCCGUUGAUUGGGUCUUCGAUCGCAGCGGUGCUAUAUCUUCUCUCCCGCAUUAUCUCAGAUGAAGAGUCCAAGGCACUUUUCCGCACAAAUGUUUUGCUGCAGGCCUUUGUCGUUCUUCUCUGUCUGUUUGGCUUGUUUGCCGCCUCGACCAAGCACCACUUUUCUCACGAACACCCGAUUGAUCUUUUAAUCCACGAAGCAAACAUUCAAUAUGAAGAUUAUCUAGCUGAGGCUGGUGCUAGUCAGUCUUUGCAGGAUGCUGUCUCGGAGUAUCGAAGGCGUUAUCAGCAGCAUCCACCUCCGGGGUUUGGCAAAUGGUACGAAUAUGCGACCAACCGAUCUUCAUUAAUUAUCGAUGAGUUCGAUCAAAUCUACAGGAAUAUACUUCCAUUCCGUGCUCUCAGCCCGGCAUCUAUCCGAGAGGCUACACAUAAAUUGGCGACGAAUCCGUUCAAUGACCUUGGAGCAAUCAGUAUUCGAAAUGGAAAGCCCGAGGUUCAAGAAGACAUCAAGCCAACCCAUGCAUGGAUGGUAAAAGGAGCCGCGGAGAUGAUCGAAAACUUUUCAGAAUAUCUCCCCGAUAUGGAUAUUGUCUUCAACUUGAAUGACGAGCCACGAGUGGCGAUACCGUGGGAAAAGGCCUUGGCCAUGAAACGUGAAGCGAAAUCACAAGAAUUCGUUCCCGAGGAGAAGCUUGUGGAUGCUUGGUCAUCAGAUCGACAAUCCGGUUGGGGCCCUAUUGACCCAAUUCAUCAAACAAACGAGACGAUCUUCACUGAUGGUGCAUGGAAUGGUAUCUUCGAUCGUUAUGUGAGUGCUGUCUGUCCGCCAUCCUCAAAGUCACGUACCCAGCGUAUCUGGAACCGGCAUGACAUAUGCCUCGAUUGCGUGUCACCCCAUUCCAUGGGUCAAUUCCCCGUGGACUUCAAUCUGGCAUCCGACUUUUGCCAUCAACCGGACCUCGCAUACCUUCAUGGGCUUUUGAUAUCACCCGCCUCAUUCAAGGUAUCCCAAGAAUUGGUUCCGAUUUUCAGUCAGAGUGCUCUUUCUGGGUUUAACGACAUCCUCUUCCCCAGUCCCUGGAAUUACAUGGACAAGGUGAAAUACAAUCCAUCUGAAGAGUAUCCAGACCCGGAAUACCAAAAAAAGAGCAAUUCUUUAUACUGGGUGGGCAGCACAUCUGAAGGCUACAGUCGAUUUGAUGAAUGGAAAGGAAUUCCAAGGCAACGCUUCGCCCAUUUGAUAAACAACAAUACCGAUAACAAAGUAUCUGUUCUCCUUCCUGUCGACGGUCGCUCCUACAAAUACGAAAUAAUGAGUGGCGCUGCACCGAUUGAUGACUUACACCUUGAAACGAAUGUCCACAUCGCCGGCCCCAUAACACGUUGCGGAGACUGCGAUACUCAGCGCGACGAACUUGGAACCGUCUCCUGGGUCGACUUCCAAAACCACUGGUCCAACCGAUACCUGUUUGAUCUUGACGGCGCUGGGUUCAGCGGCCGCUUCUUGCCUUUCUUGCAGAGUCGCAGCUUACCCUUCCGUACCGGACUCUUCCGGCAGUGGUUUGACUCACGUGUGGUUUCAUGGCUACAUUUCGUACCUGUCGACAUCCGUCUCCAUGGGCUUUGGAGUACGCUAGCAUACUUCUCUGGUGUACCUAUGUCGAAUAUGGAUGGGCAAGAUCCCAAACAGGCAUCCUCGAUGCGAAUGGAAGCCCAUACAAAACAGGGGAAAUGGAUUGCCGACCAGGGACGGAAAUGGACCGACGUUGCCUUGCGCAAGGAAGAUAUGGAGAUUUACUUGUUCAGGCUCUUGUUGGAAUGGGGGCGUCUCACAGAUGACCAGAGGGAUGUACUGGGGUAUAAGCCGCCAGUUUGA